GAGUGUCUGGGCGCCACCUUAAGGGCCGCGGGCCAGUGCGGCGCGGGACCGACCUGGGCCUGGGCACACUGGGUUCACUUUGAGCCGGAGCAUGGCGCGGUGCGGGCCUGUGCGGCUGAUGUUGCUGCUCGCGCUGCUGGCGGGUGCGGCGCAGGCCAGCCUCCACUUCCGCCGGGGCCAGACUUGCUAUCGGCCCCUGCGAGGGGAUCAGCUGUCGCUGUUGCAACACAGGACAUAUCCCCGGCCUCAUGAAUACCUGUCCCCACUGGAUCUUCCCAAGACCUGGGACUGGCGCAGUCUGGAUGGUGUCAAUUAUGCCAGUGUCACCAGGAACCAGCACAUCCCCCAGUACUGUGGCUCCUGCUGGGCCCACGGCAGCACUAGUGCCAUGGCAGAUCGCAUCAAUAUCAAGAGGAAGGGUGCCUGGCCUUCUGCCCUGCUGUCAGUGCAACAUGUCAUUGACUGUGGUGAUGCAGGCAGCUGCGAGGGGGGCAGCGACUUGCUGGUGUGGAAGUACGCCCAUGAGCAUGGCAUCCCCGAUGAGACCUGCAACAACUACCAGGCCAAGGACCAAGAGUGUGACAAGUUCAACCAGUGUGGGACCUGCACGGAAACCAAAGUGUGCCACAUCGUCCAGAACUAUACCCUCUGGAGAGUGGGUGACUACGGCUCCCUCUCGGGCAGAGAGAAGAUGAUGGCCGAGAUCUACAAGAACGGUCCGAUCAGCUGCGGUAUAAUGGCGACAGAAAAGAUGGCCAACUACACCGGAGGCAUCUAUGCUGAGUACCACGAGGAUGCCUUCAUCAACCACGUCAUUUCCGUGGUUGGGUGGGGCGUCAGCAGCGAUGGCACCGAGUACUGGAUUGUCCGGAACUCGUGGGGCGAACCAUGGGGUGAAAGAGGCUGGAUGCGGAUAGUGACCAGCACCUACAAGGACGGGAAAGGCGCGAGCUACAACCUUGCCAUCGAGGAGACCUGUGCAUUUGGGGACCCCAUUGUGUAGGGUGGAUGCGCUUGAAGCAGUUUGGUAGGCAUGUGGCACGUGCACUAGGCUCAUUAGCAGGACCAGAAUGAUUGGACCCUGGAGAGUCCUGGCACUGAACACAUAAAAGCCAGCUUCCUGGCUGAAAGGGCAUCCUGAGAGACCAUGUGACAACAGGGGGUCUUAGAACACUGCACAGCACAGCUCUGGCUCCAAACAGCUGCGCCAGCCACCUGGUGAAGAAGGACCCUGGAAACAGGAAACGUGGCGCCUCAACUUUCUUCAGUUUCCUUGGCAUUUCAUGUUACCAAUCAUGGUUUACAAAAUGGCUCAGAUUUAUCACAGUUCCUAUGUCAC